GAGGGGUAUAUCUGGUAAAUAGUUGAUAAUAUAUUUGACCAAUUUCUAUGACAAUUUUAAUGGUCAAAAUGAGACAGGUAAUACGAGACUGCAGAGUACUAUAAAUAACGUGUUUGAGUAGGAGUAGCUACUCACUCUUACAACACUUCAUAUUCUGUCUUCUUUUCGUUUGUGUCCCUUGGGAUUGAAUCAUUGAAGUAGCAAACAACAAAAUACAGUAUGGCCAAGGUACGAGCGCAGGACGAUCUUUUUAUGUUGAUGGAUGACCAACAACUGCGGAAGCUUGCAAUCCUUCUGAGGAACCAAGAAGAGCCGCUGAGUUUUAGCAUAAAUUCGGAACCUGAUCGCGUAAAAUUCCUGGAAGAAUGCAACGAUGCAUAUGAUAUAGUGAUUACACUACUAGAAAACAGCACUGAUUUGCGCAACAAACAUAAGGUGGAAGCGAGGACCAACUACAGCAAGAAGGCAGCCAUUGCCGCAGAUAUUCAGGAUUAUGUCAAGUAUGGUAUCAACUUGGGACUGCAGUGUAUCCAGAACUGCGGUAUGCGUGUUUCCGUCGUCGAAAAACUUAAGACGCACUUCGACGACAUUGCUAUUGAACUUAAUAAGGCCGACUCCAGAAACGUAACCGAUCUUCAAAGUUUGGCUGACGAAGUAUUGUAUUACAAGAAUUCUAUGUGGGAGUACACAAUCAACUUGCGAAGUGGCACAUCCCGUGCUCACUCCAAGGCUUAUUCCGAUACACUCAAGCUAGAGGGCAUUGAGUUCCCUAACCUUGUUGCCAGGCACAAGAACAGGCUUGGAUAUAAGGAAGAAUUUGAGUUUUUGGAAGAAGACCAAAAGCUUGAGGUAUAUAAUAGCAUUAUAGAAGAAUCAGGGCGUGCAAAGAUGCCAACCAUUUACAAGAGAAACAAGCAGAGUCGGGCAACAUCACCAGGUGGAAUUGCAACAAUGGCGGUCACAGCAGGCAUAAUGGCAUGGGAUAUCUUCACAGCUGAACACAAGCUUGAGUCCGCGCUGAGCGCUGGCGUGUCAUUGCUGUCAGGAGCAGUCUCUUAUGCUGUAGGUGUGGCAGUUAGUUCGGCAGUGGGAACUGUGGUAGCAAAUACACAAUUAGGCAUUCUUAUGGUUUCUAUGGCUGGGUUUGUGGUUGGUGCUGUUGUUGGCAUUCUAUUUGCUGCAGCAACUGGUGCAAUUCUUGGAGCUAUACUAGGGACUGGCGGUAAGGUGCCCCCUAACUUAGAUAACCUCAAAUUCUAUUCAGCUACCAUGCCUAAUGGCAUGGCUCUUGCUAAUGAGAUCUCACACGGUUCAUCCCAUUCAGCAAGGGAUCAACUGUGUAAGAUCACAAAGUUGAUCCCGAGUAAUAAAUAAAAUAUGUAUUCAGCUACAUACAUAUUAUGUUGAUUCGUUUUGUUACGCGUCUUUCUGUUGAAGGAUUAGUAUUUCUUGUAUCAGUAAAGUAUCAUUUGAUGAUCCAAUAAUAAACUUACGUGAUUUGCUUAAA